CGAUGGAGAAGUUGACCAGAAACGACAUCGUUGUCAUAUGAAAUCCAGUCGCAAGCCCGAUCUGCCACCUGCGAUCAAGAGGAGAGGCCGAGAGGGGGAGGAGAGGCCGAACUUUGGCGAAUGAUUUUUAGUCUGAAAAUGAGAGAUGAAGGAGGUAAAGUACUGAAGAUUGUGACGUACAACGUCAAUGGGUUGAGGCAACGGAUCUCCCAAUUCAGUUCUCUUCUCAAAUUGCUGGAUUCUUUCGAUGCCGACAUCAUCUGUUUUCAGGAAACAAAGCUGAGAAGGGAAGAGCUGACCUCUGAUGUAGUGAUGGCUGAUGGGUACGAAUCCUUUUUCUCUUGCACGCGUACUAGGGAUAAAGGGCGGACUGGGUACUCCGGUGUGGCGACCUUUUGUCGAUGUAAGUCGGCAUUUUCAAGUACGGAAGUGGUAUUGCCCAUCGCUGCAGAGGAAGGUUUCUCUGGUCUGGUUGAUCGAUCUAGACUUGGGAAAGAUGCUGGGCUAAUAUUGGUCGAGGGACUUAAGGAGUUUGACAAGGAUGAGCUUAUUAAGCUUGAUAGCGAGGGCAGGUGUAUUAUCACCGAUCAUGGUCAUUUUGUUCUUUUCAACAUAUAUGGACCUCGAGCUGAAUGCGAUGACACAGAGAGGAUUAGAUUUAAGUUCAAUUUUUAUAUCACACUGCAGAAAAGAUGGGAGAAUCUCCUAGAUCAAGGAAGGAGGGUUUUUGUUGUUGGUGAUUUCAACAUUGCUCCUUCUGCUAUAGAUAGAUGUGAAGCGAGUGCAGAUUUUGAGAAGAAUGAGUUCAGGAUGUGGUUUAGAUCUUUGCUAUUGCAAUCAGGUGGCCGCUUUUCUGAUGUUUUUAGAGAUAAGCAUUCUAACAGAGAAGAUGCAUACACAUGUUGGCCAUCCAGUACAGGGGCUGAACAAUUUAAUUACGGCAGUAGAAUUGACCAUAUUCUGUGUGCUGGAUCAUGUUUACACGAAGCGGUUGAAGAUCAACAAGGCCAGGCCCACAACUUCAUCAGUUGCCAUGUCCAAGAGUGUGACAUAUUGACAGAGUACAAACGUUGGAAACCUGGAAACACAGCCAGGUACAGGUGGAAAGGAGGGUUGGACAUUAAACUUGUAGGUUCAGAUCAUGCUCCUGUUUAUGCGACUAUACUUGACAUCCCUGACAUCUACCAACAUAGUACACCGUCACUAUCAUCAAGAUAUCUUCCAAUGAUUCGAGGUCUCCAACAGACACUUGUGUCUGUGUUAACUAAACGAGAAUCUUCGACCCAGUCUCAGUCUUGCAAUAUAUAUAGUUCGUCUUCAGAUGGCAAAGCAAGAGUAGUAGAGGGGUGCUCCCAGGAUGAAGAGAAUGAGAAGAAGUCGAGAAAGGAGAAGAAAUCAAGAAAGGGCCUCGGAGUACAGCUUUCAUUGAGGUCAUUUUUCCAGACAAGCUCAAAGCUUGUCAAUGUUUCUGGAAGCUCCUCUACUGAUGUUGAUCUAGAUCAGAAUCAAUCGAGUCAAACUCCAUCAAAUAAUCAGCAUGGAAGUCCAAACCCUGAUGAGUUGAAGCUUAGUGCUCGGACUCAUGAUCGAGAAGAUGGUAAAAGUAGUAAUGCCCUGCUGGAGUGGCAAAGAAUACAACAACACAUGCAGAACAGCAUUCCUCUCUGCAAGGGCCAUAAGGAACCAUGCGUUGCUCGGAUUGUGAAGAAAUCCGGCCCUACUUUCGGACACAGAUUUUAUGUCUGUGCUCGAGGAGAGGGACCUUCAGCAAACCCAGAAGCAAACUGUGGUUACUUCAAGUGGGCUUCCUCAAAAUCCCGACAGAAGUGAAGAUGUAGUUACAUGGUCUAGCUCUUUCUUGUCCCGAGUACUUUUUUAUAUAUAAUAAUCCUGUUACAAGGUGCUACUAGAGGGGAAGGGGAGUUGGCAUCACGAUGAAUCGAAGUAUCGAACAAUGACCUUACAAUGGAAGUGUGCCGACUCAUGUGUGCCGAAAUCACCAGUUAGGUUGGCUCUCGUUCGCCUCUUGUCCCAAGUACUGACUAACAAAUUCUCCUAUACUUUGUGUAAAUAUAAAUAGAACUUUCCA